GCUGACUGGCGUGCCCUGUUUCAGCCGACAUGAGGCCAACGCCAGACCGGCUACCGCUCGCCAGCCUGCUGCUCCUGCUCGUGACGUCACUUCCCGCCGGCGUGACAUUGGUGCUGAAUGACGUCACGGCGCCGUCGUACAUCGUGCGGGGCCACUCGGGCCACCUGCGCUGCGACUAUGACGCUGCCGGCCGGCCUAUCUACGCAGUCAAGUGGUACAAGGACCAGGUGGAGUUCUAUCGAUACAAGCCGGACGCCCCCGAGCCGAUCGCCACGUUCGCCUCCAAAGGAUUCGUCGUCAAUGUGGCCCGGUCCAACGAGCACGACCUUUACCUGUCGCAAGUGGACCUGGACGCCGCCGGCUGGUACAAGUGUGAGGUGACAUCGGGCGCUCCCCUGUUCUGGACCGUGGAGAAGCGCAAGAAGGUCCAGGUCGUCGAUAUGCCGGAUGACUUGCCCUCCAUCAAAGGCCACGAGUCCAGCUACAGGGUUGGUGACGUGAUGAAACUCAAUUGUUCGUCAUACCGCUCGUACCCGCCUGUCAAGCUGCACUGGUACGUCAACGAGGAGCCGGUAAGCAGAGUCGCCUGGACGUCUGUGGAGAGCUGGACGAACCCAGAGCCGUUCAGCAUGAGCACAACCUUUUCCCGACUAACGCACACCGUGUCACCAGAUGACUUUAACGACGGUCUGAUGCGCGUCCGGUGCACGGCCAGUAUGAACGGCACCGACUACUGGGAGUCGGCCGAGAUCGCUGUGUCCCGCGUCGGCCGCCGCCAGCUCUACAGCCCGCAGACGGCGUCCUCGGCCCGGCCCACUACAGCCGGCCAGUUCUGAGGUCAGCAGCUGCAGCUGCCGUCAUCUCGGUAACGUCGCUACAGGUGGACUGCAGUGGACGACAGGCAGCUCACGCCAUGCUCCCGCUGCCGAUUCGCGUAGUGACCCCGUGAACGACCUCAAUACAGUUGUCACAUCAUCGAGCUCCCGGAACCCCUGAGCAGCUGCCAACUGAUGCUGACAACAGCUGCAAAUUAAACUCGCUUGCAUGCGGCUGGUGAAUGAACCAAUAAACAGGUUUCUUGUCGACCUGCUGAAACAGGCGGCAGAUGCUGCCAAUGCGUUCAGGGUUAAGCGCAGUGUCAUCACACCAUAGAGUGGGGCCUGGGAGUGGCUCUGCCUACCAGUAAACAAACGGAAUGGGUAUGCAUGAGUGACUGCUAGCAGCUCACACUGCUAGUAACUGGCUCUGUUAGCAAUUAACACGUAACUGAUCUCUGUCGCCCUCCGUUUAGUGUGAUCAUACAUCGACUGGUUCGACCCAGUCAGCCACGACAGCAACCUUUGUCUUUCUCCGUUUGCUGCACUCUCCAUCCGUUUACAUCGGACGGAAGCGGGAUGGUGCGGUCCUCGUCUAGUCCUAAACCGUAGUUUUUGAACAGCCAAGACGUUUUUAUGUUCACGAUAAAACAUUGAGGAGAUUUCGAGACGAGUAGGACGAUACGUUGUCACACAACAGUCAUAUUUGGUGUGCUCUACCACUGCAUGAGUGCAUAAGGUAUAAUGCUGUCAUUUUGCAAACUUCGGGUGUCUUCUGCGGUCGGUGAUCAAAACGACACCGUAGCGUGAUGUUUCCCAUGGCCAUGUUAUAUGAGCCUGCUGCAUUAUGGAGCGGAUGAAAUGAGCUGGCUAUAGGUUAUUCUUGCUGAUCUCAUACUGCAGUCUAGCGCAAUGUUCAAAACUACCCUUAUCACGUCUUUAAGCUGAAUUCACUUCUUUCCGCCAGGUGGCGGGAUGUUGCGUAUGCGUAACGCGUAAGGACAACCCUAGAAGGGAUGUUCCACAUUUGAAGAUAUUAAGGGCAAAAGGGCAAGAACCUAGUUGAGAACAUGGAGGAUUGAUGAAUUCAGACAAAGCCUGGAGUUGACAUACUUAGGACACGACGAAGGUUACACAAGCUGUCAUUUUGUCACACACUGAUUAGUACAAAACACCAACAACCUUACGAUUUGACAGACACGUCUCCAUACACGCACCACUCACACUGACAGUACACUCAGAAACUCUACAACCCUCAAGGCCAGAACAUCUUUUCAACGAUAAUUCAUGCUAAAUACCACGUGCAUAUUGACCAAACUACCCGUAGCACUUCGCGCAUUACGCACAGAAUUGAAAAAUUCCGUAGCAGAUCUGUUGGGUACCAGAAAACCUCCUCCAUAUUUCCCAUGAGAAUCAAAAUUCGGAAAUGUCUACCACACCCGAAUAAGGACCAGCUGCAUCCCUCUUAACGCGCUCCUCGUCCAGGUUCAAAAGCCUCCCGUUGCUUAGUGUCUGUUGUCACAUGUCUGAGACAGUUCAUCAUUUUGUCCCAUUUUGACCACUUUCUCGACACCCGGGACGCCAGCUCAUGCGGAAGGUUGUGCAAAUAUUAAACCUCUGUUUCAAUCCAUUUGCAAGCACCGACAGCACACACGCGUCAUUUACCGGAUGAUAUAAACGGGGAUGACCAGGUGGUCGCGGCGUGCUUCCAGGGUUGCAUCAUUUAAGUGUUAAAACUAUGGCAUGAGGCGUAGACAGUAGCGGUGGCGGCGUCUUGUGCUAUCGCGGUGGAUCGUUAUUAGAAUGCCAUGACCGGCAGCUGUUUUCCGUUCUUUUUUCUGUUCUCAGCUUGCUGUCCUCGCUUCUUUCUGCUUCUUUUGGGAGAUGUGCCCAGAUUUAAGUAUCAUGAUUUGUACACCAAUUCUUUGUUUACAUUUAUGUUACCGUACCAUUUAUAAUAUUUUGAAAGUUAGAUAAAACACAGCAAACAAACGUAUAGAAAAUCAUUCAUGCCCAAUGCUGGGAGAAUAAGGUUGAUAUGCCUAGUGUUCUUCAGGUUUAAGUGCGAAGAAUAUUAAGUUCGUAACAACACAAGUUGCGCAUGGAAAGGUAACUACAGACAGUGAUGACAUGGCGGAAUGUUCGUCGGGGAAAAGUUCGUAGCAAAAAUGUUCGUACCCAUCAAGGUCCGCGUGGAAAAGAUCCUUAACGACUGCUCGGACGGAAAUGUUAGUUCAUGCGACAAGGGCACAUAAGUAAUGGUUCGUACUUCGAUAUGAGAUGUGAGUACACAAAGUUUGUGCGCAAAUGCUCGUCAGGAAUAUAGUUCGUAUGAACAAUCUCGUUUGGCAAAGCACCUAAUCAAAAGGUGGGAUGCAGAGGUAUCCUGCAAGUUGGAAUGCAGGCCUGCAUGCUUGAUGGCUGGCGUCGGAUGAAUAACCGCUGUGCGGGCCAAUACAUACCAUAAAUCAGAGAGAGGGGGAUGACGGUAAACGUUGAAAGUAUCACUUUCAAACUUUUCGCCGGCAAGAGCUAAACAUAGCUGACAUGACGUCAUGCCUUAGGUCAUCCCCGGAAACCAGGUUUCAGCAAAAUUUGAGAGCUGAGGGUGAAUCCGGUGUUCUGGUGGUCAAUAUGUCCUGGAACGCUCUCCAUAGAAGCAUCAUCCACCAUCCAGAAGUUAAUUCUGGUCAUGCAUCGACUUAUGCUUAUGCUUAGACUUAUGCUUAUGCUUAUGCUUAAAUCCCUAGGCUGCCAAGAGCUUUUGUGCAUGCACUUUUGUUAAACCAACCUCAUAUGUGAUGAACGUUUGCGUACGCUGCUAUUACUUUCCAAGACCAUAUAAGUUACAGGAGAAUAAAGCGAAAAGUAGUAAGAAACGUCUAUAGAAUCAAACUACACUAAUGCGGAGGGGGGCAAAACGUGGGUGGUUGUUGAUAAUCGAACGUAUAGUUUAACUGUUAAAUGUGGCGUAAUGUAGGCGCAUUAGGGGCGUGCCAAAAUUAUGGUCUUAACUCGCAACAGCUGUGAGAAACAUUUGCAAUGUUUAGUAGUGCCUGACAAAAGUCCCUUACAAUUUGCAAGCUCGUUCAGAUCUGUUUGGUGCAAGAAAUAACCAUGCUCUCUGACCGUCGUACUUCACAUACGUUUAUUACACGUGUGUGCCAAAGGCUUUCAGGAGACGUUGUGGCCCGGUAAUAUGUAAAUAUGCAGAUUCCUACUGAAGUCCGACUUGCCUCUAGUCCUUUGCUUUAUGAUAUAUAAAAUGUAUUGAUCAACAGCCAGAAGCACUACGAGGCACCUACAUUGUUUUUUGUAAGUCCUUAGAACGGGUAUGUACGGGAUUCCUUACUGGAGCAUCGAUGCUGUGAGUUUUUUAGGUAAAAUAUACCUAAAACAUUAUUUGUGCUUCCUUCGUUCGGCACUCUAAACGUAUCAACUAAGCAUUUGUCCAUUGGCGAGAUGUGCAGAGAAUAGCGGGUCAUGCACGGUGACCGCGAUGUACUAGUCAUGCCAGUAACAGACGUUGUUGGGAAUGUCUCUCCGCAUCCCACGUAUCGGGACACGCGCACGCUCGUAAUGUGAUAGCCGUGCCCAAUAUCAUUGGAAGACCUGCUUUCCAGGCAUCGAAAUGCGCACACGCCCAAACACCCCCACACAGGGCUGGCAAAGUUAAGUCUGAAGAGGUUGUGGCGGCGACUGUACCGAGCUGUAGUACUCGAGCACCCGCAGCCGAGCAGUCCAGCCCACAAUAUGACAUCGAUUCGGGUUUAAUUUCGCUGAUUGGAUGGUAAGGUUGAAGUCGGUGCCAUUCCGUUGCAAUGGUCAUAAUUGAUUGGAACGCGGUCAUCCAGCCAUCUGUUGUAACAGUGCGGCAGACAUGUGCAGCCUUGCUAAAACGUGGACACAUCGUAUAUCAUGGCAUCGGGCCGUCUGCCCGGCUGUCGGUUUAAAACGAUGCUCUAAUAUGGACCCACUUAGCGCCGAUUCUCUUGCCCGGGUAACGUACGAUCGCCAGGGCCUCGAAAUAUCUACAUUCUCGAUGAGCCCGUGUGCUACCGGGUCCCUUUCGUUAUGCAAAACGCGACACUUUGAAUUUAUGAGAUGGGCCGAGGCGGUAUUAAGCCGCCCAUAGGCUGGAAAAUGCCUUGCCCGUUAUCAUAACAUUAAAUGGGUGAUGUGAAAGUUGCAGACCGAAUGCCGGAUGUCUAAUCCGCGGUAAGGGCUGAUUAAUAUUGACGUAAUUCUGAAGGCGUACCGUUUGGCCUUGGGUGACUCGGCGAAAUGGCGUGGCAGGCCAGCCGAGGCUAUCUUUAAGUUGGAAGAUGGAUGCCGUCAGUGCUCCAGUGUUUCUGGGCAUCCCAAUUGCGCGAAGGAACGCAGGAUUUAUCUGUAUAGCUGAUCCUUGUCGUUCGGCCAUUUGGUGGUGGAGACGGUCUUUCUGUGGUCUUGUAGUUGUGACUAGCGGACGAGUACGCGGCCCAUGCUAGGCGGCCCUGCUGCCAUCUCUCUGUGGUCUUGUAGUUAUGACUA